CUUUUCCACCUAAAAAAAUGGGAACUUGCCUUACAUGUUUCAAAAAUCAAACCCAGCUAGAACUUAAGAACAAAAAUAUGAGUAAAUCCUCACCUCGCAAGGAUAUGAGAGUAAGGAAAUAGUACUCAAAAAGAAAUUUGUUACAAAAGAGCGGAUCUCAUUCAGGAGACAAAGAUUGAUAACUACCAAACUAACAGAUCAGGCUCGGAUCACCAAUUCCAAGAUGGAGAGAAGAUCGAUACCCACAAUCUUAAGGUAGUAAGAAAUCUUCCUGCAUCAAAAUCGAUGGCUGAAAUCGGUAAAGAUCAACCAAUUGUAGGAUCAGAUAAAUCAGUUAAGAACAGAAGCUUCCUUAACCCUGACGCCAAGGAGAAUUCCAAUGAGACUGAAGUACAGCUAGGUAACGGUCUGACUUCUGAGCGAGGACAUCUCCCACCAAUCUCACAUGGGAGGACCAAUUCAGAUCAUCUCGAAAUUCCCUUCUCUAAUAAUAGUAAUUUUGGGUCCUUCCAUGCUCAUGUCUUUGAGGAUAGUGAAGAGCAUGGAUCUCGAUUUGAGUCUAAACAUAGUAAUUCUGCUGAAAAGACACACAAGAAGCUCAGAUCGAUCUCUAAAGAUAUAGAUAGCAUAGAGCCUCCAGAGUUUCAACAGAGAAUACUUGAGAAAUCAGAAAUUGAAGAAGAAAGUUUCCAUACAGAGAAAGUAGAGCUUGAGAAGAUACAAGAAAAAUUAAGAAUUAUAAAAGAUAUUUCUGAUCAAAUUGAAGUACUUUACGAUGAAAUCGAGACCUUUCAGAGACAAUUUCAUGCCCAUCAAGCUAUUGAGACCUUUACUAAUGGCUUCCUAAAACAACUAAAUCAGCUUAGCAAUGACACUGAAGAUAUUAUGGAGAAAUUAGAAGAAACCUUACAGCAAGGGUCUAAUUCUAUUGAAGGUGCCUCCAAUAAUCCUGGAUCUGAAAACUUGGAGCUUUCUUUUGAAGACUUUGAGCAAAUCACCAAGAAAAUAAAUAAAAUUAAUACAAAAUACUCCGAAUGAAAAACAGAAUUAUUUUCAUUAGAAGAGUCCUGAAGAGAUACAAUCAUUACCUACCUUCAGGAAGAGUUCUCCUUGGUAAUUGAAAAACACCAGGAAAUGGAAGAGAAACUUCCAGUUAUAGAAUCAAGAAUCCAACAGACUAUUAAUGACAUCAAGAAAAGAGAAGAUGAGAUAGACUUCUCAAAGCAAGAACAAAACAUGCUUGAGUCUGCAUUCUUUAAUUUGAAUCUUGAGCUUGAAAGGGUCCAAGAGUAUAGUAAGGAUACAACUGCGGUGGCAGAUGUUAUUCAAAAUGCCUCUAAAUGGCAAGAAGAGGAGUAUAAAAACCUCUCAACCCAGGAAUUAACAGAGGCAAGGAAGUUACUUACAAGCCAUGAUUCAAAACUCAAUAGCGAUCUAUUAGAAGAAGAGUUUUACUCUUUGCUUGAAGUUGAAGAAAGGAUUGACUAUUUAAGAGUCGAUCUCGAAGAAAUAGGAUUCAGGAUGCCACCUUUCCAAGAUUAAUAGUAUAGGUAAGCAUCCCUUGUUUGUUUUUUAAAUAUCAAUUUUUA